AUGGGAUCAAUCGACGCUGCCGACCACUGCACUGUGUUCAAGACUAGCGAGCAAUACUUGGGCGAGCCUCGUCCGAUCAAAAUAAUCGUUAUUGGUGCAGGACUUUCAGGCAUCGCGGCAACAAAAAUCUUUCGCGAACGCUUUUCUGAUAAACCAGCAAUUUUGGUCAUCUACGAGAAGAACGACGACGUUACGGGCACCUGGCUAGAAAACAGAUACCCUGGCUGCUCGUGCGACGUACCAGCUCAUGCCUAUACUUUCUCAUGGGAAGGAAACCCAAAUUGGUCACACGCCUAUGUCAGUUCCGAGGAGCUCUUCCAUUACUUCAAGGGCCGAGCUAAGGCCUACGGCGUUGAUCAAUACGUCCACCUGCGCCACCGUGUACUUGGGUGUGAGUGGAAUGGAGAAUCUGGACUGUGGCAAGUUGAAGUCCUCGAUACAGUGAAUAACAGGACUUUCGUGGAUGCUGCCGACAUCGUCAUCAACGCCUGUGGCUUCUUGAACAACUGGAAAUGGCCAGAUAUAUCUGGUCUGCAUGAUUUCGGUGGUCAUCUGGCACAUUCGGCGCAUUGGGACGACGACUUCUCUUUCAAGGACAAGAGAGUUGCAGUCAUUGGUAGUGGAUCCUCUGCAAUACAGAUCGUCCCGCAGCUACAGCCAGGUAUGUUUGCUUUCAAGAAGUAUAAAACAUCUGCUUAUGCUCCUAUGGUUGUCAAGCACCUUACUUCCUUUAACCGCUCGCCCACGUGGGUGGUGCCUGAAUUCGCAGAACAAUUUGCUCCAGAAGGGCGAGAAACGAAAAUCUCCGAGGAACAAAAGGCAAAAUGGCGCAACGAUCCCGAAUCUUUUCUCAAAUACCGUAAGGAAGUCGAUUCGGUCAUGAAUCACUUUUUCGAUCUGCAGUACAAAGACUCCAAGCUCCAGCAGGAUUCUAUUGAGGCAACCAGAAAGGCCAUGGAAAAGAGAUUGAAGAAAAAGCCACAGCUUGCCAAAGUGUUGGUGCCUGGGUUUGCUCUUGGGUGUCGACGGAUUACACCAGGACAUGGCUACCUAGAGGCACUCGUCCAAGAUAACGUUGACGUAAGGACAGACAAAAUCCUCAAAAUCACCAAGACAGGCAUCGACAUGAUCGACGGCAGUCAUAUAGAAUGUGACGCAAUUGUCUGUGCUACCGGCUUUGACACAUCCUUCCGACCAUUUUUCCCGGUCGUCGGUCCUGCCGGCGUGGAUUUGAGGGACGUGUGGGCGGAAGAACCACGGUCAUAUCUAUCGGUAGCCGCGGCUGGCUUUCCAAACUAUUUCAUGACCAGCGGCCCAAACUUCCCGCUUGCAAACGGGGCAUUGAUUCCAUGUCUUGAGAGAUGUGUCCAUUAUGCGUUCGAUGCGGCAAUCAAGCUACAGAGUCAGAACAUCAAGGCAAUGUCGCCGCUUCCCGAAGCUGUGGACGACUUUCAAGAGUACAAGGACGAGUUGAUGAAGGACUUGGUGUGGUCCUCGCCCUGUCGUUCAUGGUAUAAGAAUGGAAAGGUCGAGGGCAAAGUAUGGGGUCCAUGGCCAGGCUCAUCUUUGCACUUCCUAGAACUUAUGAGCGAGCCGCGGUGGGAGGAUUGGAGCUUUGAAUACAAGACCCAAAACCGGUUUCAGUAUCUCGGCAGAGGAAAGACACAACGUGAAACAACUGAUGGUGCUGAUCUCGCAUGGUAUAUAACUGAAUCAGGCGGCUCUUGUAAGGAAGUCUGA